UUGAAGGGGAGCUCACCAGCAGCAGUCUCCUCUCAUUGUCUCAAUGGCUGCACACGCAUUAUUCUUCUCUGCCUUGCUGUCUGCCCUCAGCCAGCCCACCCUGUCCUUAGAUCAAGUGCCUGCACUCCUGGAGAGAAGCACAGAAGAGGACUAUGUUACCGAGGUUCCAUACCCAGCUGGGAGAAUCAGAGCGGGUGGUCUUGAUGGAAUGAGCUUGGAGACUCAGGGUUAUGUGCCCACUAAAGAAACCCCACUCAGAAGAUUACUGAAGCUGCAUGGCUGGCACCUCCUCAGCCAGCAUGGCCAUGGCAAGGGCAAGAGAAAGCUGCUCCAGUCCCCCAUCUACGGGCCCUACUCUCCCCUGAGCGUGGCCUACAAUGGCAAGACCUGCAUCCUUUUCAGGGCCAAGCGCCUGGCCAUCCGCUACCAGAACCACACAUUCGUAGACCUGACGGAGAGGACCUUUGGACCCAACGCCCCCGUGGACACCAAGGGUUCCAUCUGCACCAAGGAGAAGGCUACGCUCUCGCUAAAGUUUGGAGAUGUGGAGGAUCUCAGGGGACUUGUUAUCAGACUGCAGAUGUCCAACAUUUUCUACGAGUCAGCAGGGCAGAACUGGUUCACCUUAGACAGCGUCCACAUCCACUACAAUUGGACCCAUGAAGCUACGUUCAACGCCAGUGAGGUGUACUCCCCCGCCACCUCCUCCUACCACUGCCAGCAUGUCAGCAGUCAGCACAAAUAUGACACCCUUCUGGUGCCCAGCUCACACACCGACACCUCAGCUAACUGGCACAUCACGUUUACUGACUUCCAGAUCCAGGCGUUCAACGUCAUGUCUGAUAAGUUUGCGUCUGCCAGCGACUGUGCCAACUUCCUGACCCCAGCCAUCCUGAUGGGCCUGGUGACCUCUCUGAUCCUGCUGUUGGUCCUGGCCUACGCUCUGCACAUGGUGGUCCACCUCAAACACAUUGACCGCUACGAGGAACAGAAAGCUAUGGUGUACUUCCCACGCAGGCUGAGCAAAGCUCUAGAAUGCAGAGCCUCACAGCAGUGCGAGUUACCUGACAAGAACUGCCUGUGAGAGAUGGAGGAAGAAAGAGUGAGAAGAUGAAGAGGGGGGAUGCUGCCAAAUGCAAGAGUGAGAAGUUAAAGAGGGGGGAUGCUGCCAAAUGCAAGAGUGAGAAGUUAAAGAGGGGGGAUGCUGCCAAAUGCAAGAGUGAGAAGUUAAAGAGGGGUGAUGCUGCCAAAUGCAAGAGUGAGAAGAUGAAGAGGGGGGAUGCUGCCAAAUGCAAGAGUGAGAAGAUGAAGAGGGCGGAUGCUGCCAAAUGCAAGAGUGAGAAGAU